AUGAGCGACUAUCUAUUGAGCGAUGUCAGGACGUCUGCCCCCUGCAAACGUCUCCUGCCUAGCCCCUGCAGACGCUUGACCGAUCCAACCCUCCACCGGCAGAAAAAGGAGCUUGACGCCGGCCUGGACCAAAUCCUGUCCAGACGAGAUCGCAAGCACCAUGCGAACGGUGCGCAACUCCGUCUUCUGACAAAUGCCAGCCACUUCACCGCCUAUGAAGUCGUCGCCCUCGCGUCUGCCAUCGGCGCCCCGUUGUCCAAGCUGGAGCGAAGUGCAUUGCACCAAGAAUUCGAAGAUCGAGGCGGAUUCACCCGGGACGACAUCUACUUCCUGAUUGCUCCCCAGAUAACCGACGCGGAAGUUGAGAACAAGGUGCGAGCGAGCCUGCUGAAAAUCAGCGGAGGCAAACCCACCCUCAAGGCCAAACAGCUAGUCCACUACCUCAUUCGCGCAGGGAGCACACUCAAACUCACGAUGGAUGAAAUAUCCACUUUCGUAACCUUUUGCUACACCAAAAUGGACACCGCAGCACCAAUCGAUCCUGAGUCAGACAUCAGCAUCGACAUCAUCGUAGACCUGUAA